CUUUGGCUCCGCCUGGCUGACAAAUGUAGCUUGAUUCCCCAAAGCAUUUUAAUCUAUCCUUUUUCUUCAACUGCGUUAGAUGCGAGACAACAAUAGAUUGUAAAGGUUGUUUUUUGUUUCUGAGAUGUUUUUUUUAUGUGGUGUUUUAUAUGCACGAAGACUUCUGUGCGCGAGGCCACUCUGUGCUGAAUCGCUAUUUAUUUUGUUGCACUUUAAAAGUACAUUUCUGUUUACUAUCGAUGAGCUUUUAUAAGUUUGUAUCAUUUCUUUUCUUUCUUUAUUACAACAUGGACAUUCACUGGCGUUUUGAACAGGAAUGGACAGCCAGCUUCAGGACGGAUCGCCAUGCAGACUAAGGUAUUGGUCUGAUGGUGCAAAAGCCCGAGCAGCUUGAAGCCAGGAAUUCGAACUCCUCCAGGAAUAUUGAAUGGAAGUUUCCUUGGGAUGGACUCAGACAGUGUUGGCUUUACCAUGGUCAUUUUUAGAUUGAUUUGACGCCAUCAGUCCACACGGACUCCUUGUGCCUGUAUUUACAUUUGGCAGCAUCAACAUUGUUGUUGGUGAGGGAGCCUCAGUCGGCCCAGGAUGCCAGGAUGCCCAUCUCCCAGGACAAUGCCCUCAGCAUCCUUCCACUGCUCAAGGAGUGGCUUGGAGCUCAGGCUAAGAGAUCACACCAGGGGCACAACUUGACUCGGGAAACUUGUGGCAGCAAGGACUGCUGCCAGAAUGGGGAUAAAGUGUGCGGUUGCAGUGAUAUUAGUAGAAUUCAUGUGGAGGACUUGUCCCUGUGUCUGGAUGCCAUCCGUAAGUUGGUUGAGUACAUCAACUUCAAUUUCAUGGAGGGCGACACAGCUCCAUCAGCCGACCUGCCAUCCUACCACGAAGGCUCGGAUGUUGAAGUUCACGCCGUUUCCAUCAGGAAAAAGGAAGGGGAUACAGCGGAUUUUGGCCUGAGCUUUGGUAACAUCCCAAUUUUUGGGGACCCGGAUGGAAGAAAAAAGGGAGGACCAAGAAGGAGACGAGAUCAGAGCCCCAUCAUGCAUGUGGGCUGCAUAUGGGUGACAGAAGUGAGAAAGGGAAGCCCAGCAGCCUGCUGUGGGAGAAUCAAACUGAGAGAUGAACUGCUAUCACUGAAUGGACAGCUGAUGGUGGGAGUAGAUGUUAGUGGAGCCAGUUACCUGGCCGACCAGUGCUGGAAUGGAGGCGAUAUCUACCUUGUCCUGCUGCGACGGUUCAAACGAAAGGCUCCUCCGCCUCCACGUCAUGUCGAUGGCUCCCUCGGUACUUCCGUUAGCAAUGACAGCUGGGAUGAGCAGCCGCCGUGCACUGCUUCCUUCGACUCCACUGAUAGUCCGGUAACGUGCAAACGCACGCGUAAGUUUGGAGUCAUUUCACGGUCACUCUGCAACCGAGACGACAAAGACAGCAUCGACUCGGAAUACCCGAGUUACUGCAGUGACUUCAGUACCUUGGACGGUAAAGGAGUCGACACAGGACAUAUCUUCUCCACGCGUACGUCUAUCGAGGACAGUCAUGGCACCUCAUUCCUCAUUCCUCAUUUGAGAGCUGAUCACCAUCAUCGCCACAGUGGAGGCACUUCUACUCUUCCUAUAAGAAGUCAUCGGCAGCUGCUGGAAAAUAAAAGGGAUUCUCUUUACAGUCAACUUUCAGUCCAGCCAAGAGACGGCUGCCAUAUCUGGAAGAUGCACCUGGUGAAAGGUGAAGAGGGCUUGGGCAUACAGAUAACGGGUGGGCGUGGCUCCAAGCGCUCUUCACAGGGCAUUAACAUAGCCCACAUUGAAGAGGGAGGAACAAUCCACAGAGAUGGCCGUCUUCAAGCUGGUGAUGAGUUGCUGAUGAUUAAUGGUCAGUCUCUUGUGGGUCUUACCCAUCAGGAGGCGGUCUCUGUUCUCCGCUCUGCUACUGGACUUGUCCAGCUUGUUGUAGCCAGCAGGGAGGAAUCUGAUGUUGGCUUUCAUCACUUCCCAUCCACCAGUCUGCCAGAUCUGUUGACGAACCUGGAGAGGCUUGAGGACACAAGUCUGAGAGGGUCUUGCUGCAGCCCUGCACCCUUAAAGCUCUAUCACCAGUCCCAGGGAGCAAGUGGUCGUUUGGAGUCAGUGGGUGAAGAUGAUGAGUUCUUUGCGGUGAAUGGCGUGAAGAGUUGUGACAUUGUGGAGAAGUCAUCCAAGUCGGGCAGACGCAAACACUCCUUACCCCAACAGCUCGAUACGGCUGGAGAAAGACAGGAGUAUCAGAUCAUUAAGAAAUCAGCACGCUCACUGAGCACUGUUCAAGUGGAAUCACCAUGGCGACUUGCACAGCCGUCUAUUAUCUCCAGCAUCGUACUGAUGAAAGGCCAAGGGAAGGGUCUAGGGUUCAGUAUUGUUGGUGGGCAGGAUUCAGCACGUGGCCAAAUGGGGAUUUUUGUCAAGACGAUUUUCUCUCAUGGUGCUGCAGCAGCUGACGGACGACUAAAAGAGGGAGAUGAGAUUCUGGAAGUUAACGGAGAGUCUCUCCAAGGACUGACACACCAACAAGCCAUCCAGACUUUCAAGCAACUCAAAAAAGGCGUCGUGUCGUUGACGAUUCGAACUCGCCUGCGGAGCCCCAGUCUCACACCCUGUGCAACCCCUACCAUCCUAAGCCGCUCCAGCUCACCCAACUCCAAUGCCAGUGGGGGGGUGCCUAUUCCCAUUGAUGAGGCCGAUGGCAGGAGGGGCCCUGGUCCAAAGGACUGCAUCAUCAUGGAAGUCACACUUGAUAAAGAGCCUGGAGUUGGUCUUGGGAUUGGAGUUUGUUUCCUCACUCCGGAAAACUCCGCUCCUGGCAUCUACAUCCACAACCUCGCUCUGGGCUCUGUGGCCAAGAUGGACGGCAGGCUCAGUCGGGGGGAUCAGAUACUGGAGGUGGACUCUGUGAAUCUUCGUUUUGCUGCUCUCAGCGAGGCCUACGCAAUCCUCAGUGAAUGUGGUCCUGGGCCAGUCAGUCUCAUUAUUAGUCGGCACCCUAAUCCCAAGGUAUCGGAACAGGAGAUGGAUCAUGUUAUAGCUCGAUCCACACACAGGAACAAAAUGAAGAGUAGACAAUCAUCCAAUGCCCAAGGCUUUUCCUGUAAGAGCCCAUCUGACAGCCAAGGAGAUGGACUGCAUGCUCUCAGCUGGACUAUGAAGAGAUUUCUUGAUCCAGCCAGCAGGCAGGGGUCUCUUAGCUCAGAGACAGAGCUAUUACAACACUUCUCCUCGGACAUUCCUAGCCACACAUUCCUGACAUCACAGGGUUCAAAUAGCGAUGAAGCAUUCCACCAACAAAGCUGCAACACCUCAAUAGAGGACAUUGCAUCCCAGCCUCAGGGAAACGCCUCGUGUGGAGCUAAUGUGGAAUGUGACACCGUGUACAAUGCAUCACCUGACAAAGCCAAUGUCACGUGUAAGGACGAUGUAGAGGCAUUUGGUCCGCCCACUGUAUCCAGUUCCACCACAGUGCGGAGCCCACUUCUUCGUCAACGAAGGAUAAUGCGUUACGAGGAAGAGCUAAGCAAAGAGGAAGACGCAGCAUCGUUAGAUGUAGAAGAUGAUGGCAGUGGCAGAAAUAUCAGUAAUGAUGUGACAACACCACUGUAUGGAAAUUGCAAUGACUAUAAGGAAGGCUAUACCGGCGACUCCAAAGUCAUUGGUUCAGAGUCACCCUUUAUGCCUAUUCGUUGCCUUCUAGAGCACAAAGCAGACAAAGAAGAUGGACAGUUGCAGUCAAAGCAUGUCCCCCAAAUGGAUCAUGCAGUGACACUUGCCAAAAGCAGUGAAACUCCAAACGAGCAGCAAAAGUCAAAUGUCAGUGAGCCAUCAUCAGAUCAGACACAGUGUGGAAAAAAUUCCAGGGCUGAAAGUGAAUUGAUACCCCACUGUACCAAAGUAGAGACAAGUGAGCUUUUGGGCGUUUGCACUGUUGAGACUGUGAUUCUGACAAGGUGUGAGGACGAAUCUUUUGGGCUGGACCUGGAGAUCAUGGCGUCCCCUCUGAAAGUUGUCAUCAACAGGUUAAAAUCUGGAGGAGCAGCGGAAAGGGAAUCCAAAGGAGUCUUGUGCCCUGGUGAUGAGAUUGUAACCAUUGGUGAAACACAGGUGAGCUCCUCCAGCUACCAGGAAAUCUGUGAACUCAUGGAUAACCUUCCUAUGACGCUGUCUUUGGAAGUUAAGAAACCUGUCUCAGCUGUAGCUGGGGUGUCCACGAUGACAAAGUCCUUGGGGAGCAGUGAUGGAGCCAUAAGCCUGAUCCCAGACAAAUCUCUUCGGGGAUCAUCGGAUGAGGACCAAGGAUUAACUGCAAAUAUCGAACAUUCUAACCCCAAACCCCAAACAAACAAUGACAGUCAAACACCUAUCUCUAACAUUGAUGAUAUUAUACAAGAAAUGAGCCACAUUAUUGACCCCUGCAUUACACCUGCAGAAAACACAUCUGAGAAAGACGACUUUCAAGUUCCAGCCCUGCCGAGUCCUCAGGACUAUUCCCCAAUGUCUACUUCAAAUGGAAACGGUCCCCUCCUUUCAAAUCCUCCUACACAUGCCAACCCAAGUAAGGAAUACAUAUCUACAGCUUCAAAUAGAUUAUCCCCACAAAGGUUUGAAGCUUUGCAUAAAAGGAAAGACCCCAAAGGAGAUCUCAGUGAUUCGAGUGGUGACUUCACAAGUGACAAGCUCAGGAAAAUGGCCAGUGGCAGUUAUAGUCUUGAAGAGAUGAAGAACGAAGAGAAAGGGCAUCAUGGUUCUGGUGAUGGCCAACUACUUGCUGCUGAUGAAUAUGUACAUGCAAGCACAACAUCGAAUGGGUCUUUGCCUUCGUACCAUACCAGUGAGAAGAAAAAGCUCAAUCAGAAGAGGAGCGUGUUUCUUGACUCCCAGUUGACGAAUGUCUCAGCCACAGAGAAACCUUGCCCACGUUCACAUGCAAUGUCGCCAUUCCGCAUGGAGAGUCGAAUUAAUAGUGAGAUUGGCUCAGACUCUGGCAAAAAUAACGAGGCAUUUAAUCCUCCUAUAAGCCUUAGUAUUCAUGGCAACCUUCCCUCACCUGAUUGUCCCAAUCACAAUACCCCUACAAUGUUGCCUUGUGAUGCCUUGCUGGACUCCGAUGCUUUGAAACAGAACACUUUGAAUGCGCAAGCACCUGAACAUAUGUCAUUGGAGCAGACUUACCACGUAAUCACUGACAGUUCAAGUAGAACAGAGUCCAAAAUUGAUCAAAUCUCAAAUGCCAGACCAAUCCCUACAUUUUGUGAUACAUUUCAAGUUGAUAGUAGCCCUAAACUUAAGGGUCUAUGGAUAAAGACUACUAAAGGACCAGAGGCGCCAUUGCACAAUCAUACCAAGAGUCAAAGUCCAGUUCUUUCAAAAAGCAAUGUGGUCUUGAACCAGCCCAGAGAUUUACAACCAGAGGACACAAGGGUUCCCAUUUUGAAUGCCAGUAACCAGCUGGAUAGGAACAAUGUUGCUCUACCCAAAUGUGGUGAACAAAGGACUGAGCACGAUGCUUCAGAUGACACAUUUGGACCUAUCAUUUCAAACGAGAAGACGGAUAACGAUGUAGGUGUCACGGCAAUGUCAAAACCCCAGACACUGUUACACCAACCUGCCACUCAGAGAACGUUCAUAGAAGUUAAACUGUACUCUUUAUCGAGUACGUCUCCCACAAUGGCAAACGAGCGCACUGUGGACUCAAAGAACUCUUUAUUCGCUAACGUAGGCACAAGUGCACUCCCACAUUCCAAAUCCAUACUACGGACAACAAAUUGCAUUUUUGGUGAAAUAAAGGAAACUCAUUCAUCAACAAAUACUAACUUGAAAGCCACUGCGGAGACAAGUGAUAACCCAAAGUCUGGUAUCUCCAAACUGUACAAGAAAACAAUGCUGAGGCGAAGCUUCAUCACAGACACUCCCUUUUCUGUGGACUACAAUCCUUUCUCUGUCCAACACAAGAUAAAGUCUUUCGAAAACCUGGCUCACUUUGACAAACCUGUGGCUAAAAGUGAAAUUCAGUCAUAUGCCCUAGCAUACGGAACCUCACUAAACCAAAGGAUUGCGGGUUAUCUGGGCUUAGCUAACUCGAUUGACUACCAGACACGGCAACAACUAUCUACCCUAUCCUGCUCAUCAGUAAAACCUCCGUCUAACAUCGCUUUGAUAAACCUCGACCCUCCAUAUGCGAACUCAGGUUACCCAACAAAGGACGGUCUUGUCUCUAAAGUCCUGAAAGUUCCUGAUGUCACACCAGGGACCCCACCAGUUGUGCGGAGGAAAAAUGCCAGACUGUCCUGCCACAGGUUGCGGCAAUCCAGGGCUCUCAGUAUGCCUGAACUGGGGAAACUAAGCACAGGCGACUUGUUGGCCAGAAUAGAUGGCGCGGGAGAGAAAACUGAGCCUGCCGUUCAUUCCGCCGCCACAGAGACUUUGAGCUCUUCACCUUCUGCAACCCUAACGAAAAUAGAGAUGCCAAAAGAAAGCCAAAGUAACAGUGGAUCCACGCAAGAAACACCUGAGAGAAACUCUGCGGUCCUUCGACGACAGUCUGGCUCAUCAGUUAGGUUCAAAGAUGCAGCGUCUUCUCCUGUGCAAACACUUCCAUUGACUUGGACAAAUAAGAUAUCCGUUCCUGCUCAGCUUAAGGAAAGCAAAGCGUUCACAGAGGUGAGCAACCAAACACACCUUGUGGUCCUGCAUAAAGAAGAAGGCUCAGGGCUUGGCUUUAGUAUUGCUGGAGGAAGUGACCUUGAGCAAAAGAUAAUCACUGUCCAUCGGGUCUUCAGCAAAGGUGCAGCAAGCCUAGAGGGCACCAUUCUCAGAGGUGACCAAAUCCUAUCAAUAAAUGGCACAAGUCUGGAAGGAAAAACCCACGGAGAGGCUGUUUCUUGCCUACAUCAAGCUAAAGGCUCAAAUCAAGCCUUAGUGGUUAUUUGCAGAGGUAUGAACAAUAAAAAGAGUACCCCUGAAAAGCAUGACUCAGCCCACAAGCCACAGAUGGGCUUCUCAGCCCUCAAGAUAUCUUUGGAGAAAAGACCAGGUCCAGAUGGGGUUUUGAAAGUUGAGCUUCAUAAGACGUCUGCUGGCCUUGGCUUCAGCCUGGAUGGCGGAAAAUCCUCAAGUCACGGAGACAAGCCCCUAACUGUGAAACGCAUAUUCAAAGGAGGCGCUGCUGAGCUGUCCGGGCUGAUCGAGGUUGGUGAUGAGGUCUUGUCCAUAAAUGGAUUGUCUCUGGAGGGUCUCAUGCAUCACGAUGCCUGGAAAAUCAUAAAGGCUACGAAUGACGGCACCAAUCGCCUUACCAUCCGCAAGUUCAGUGAACGGCUGUAAUUUGUGUUUGUCCUACAUCUUGACGUUUGCAGUGACGUGCGGUGAGGUUCAUGGCUGGUGAGGCAUUGACUCCUUUGGGGUUUCUUAUACAGGUUGCUCGUUAAGAGGAUAACCAAAAAAAAGAGAAUAAUUCAGUUUGGUGAAAUAAAUGUUUUCAUAAUGCUUUCAGAUACUUCAGAUCCAUUUCUUUAUUUUUUUACAAACAAACACAUUUGUGUUCUUACCUUUUUUUGUAUAUGAAGUACAUACAGUCUUUCCUUCUCCAGUAAAAGUUCUGAUAUUUGUUGUAAAAGUGUGAUCACCUCCUGGUGAGCUUUGUUGUAAAAGUGUGAUCACCUCCUGGUGAGCUUGGGUAUAUAAUCCUCCAUCUUGGCCGUCAAACGUAUUCAUUCAUUCAGCAGAGUAUAAAAUUAUAUUGAACGCAUUUGGGAAAAGAAAAAAACCUGGUCUUUUCCUCUGUGGAAGGACGUCAGCGACAAGCACCUUCCAGCUCACGCUUGCAUCCACCCCCUUCAGGAAGCAGCGGUACUGCAAGUACCUCCGUAUGACACUUCUAUGUAUUUAUUGUCUGAUUAAUGUCAGACUUACACUAAAGGCAUUAAAAGAAAGUCAUUAUGUAUAAUAAAUGUUUCUUCAACAUUAUAUUAUUGGCGAUAUGCUGACAAACAUAACCGUGUGCUUUCAGGCAUUAGGCGGGGCUUGCACACGAAGUCAAGAAGCCACACUCAGGUGGCCUCACCGUAGGCUUAUUUCCUGUAUUCGAUCAGGAAAUGUGCAAAUUCAGCUGUUUUUACUUAAGAAAAUGAUUGGAAUCGUACAGAAAGUACACAGUUCAAUUGACAAAUAUUAAUAUUUAUUUGAUAUUAUUAUUCAUUUUUAUAUUUGUCAUUAUGACAGGCAGAUGGAACUCUGCACGUCAAUAACUGUUGGGAAUGUUAUGAGAUCAGCAUACAGAGUUGUGGUCAGAUGUACACUCAUCAUGGGCGUCAAUGUCAUAUGAAGUAUUAAGUACAUUUUAAUGGUUUAUUUGAACCAGCAGUGGAAUGGUUGCAUAACACAUAUUUUUAAAGGUUUUUAAAGCAAAAGUUGGGUGCACAAGUUUGGAUGUUCUGUAAUCCACGCAGGGGCAACAUUAUACGAUUGCGAUAGGUGAAAAACUGCCCAUAAAAAUGUCUGUUUUUGACACCGCCAUCUCCAGAAGCCUUCCCUUCUCUCUUCAAUUGCCAUUGUUCACUAGCGACACAAUCCAGGUUUAAGCGCUAAAUAUGCUUCACACACUUAUGAAACACAUCUAAAGUAUAAAAUGUAUAUAGAAGAUGAUCCAUAAAGGGAUGAACUCAUGGUGUUUAAUUUAUAUACACUCCUGAUCAAAAUCUUAAGAUCUUUUGCAUAUUUGGAUCUUAAUGAGGUUUUAAGUAGAGCUACAAUAUGCAAAAUCAAGAAGAGGGGGAGGGACAAAAAGCACUUUGAAAAAGUAAUUAAUUGAAAACAACAAUUAAACUGAAAUAGGCCGUUUAUCAGCUGAUCAAAAGUUUAAAACCAUCGCUCAAACAAUAAAAAACUCUCCAAAUCAGACCAAAAAAUGUUCUCAGUAGGACUCAGUAAUGAGUAGCUCCACCGUUCUUGUUAAUCACUUCAAAAAUGUGUUUGGGCAUGCUUGAUACGAGCGUUUCCAGGAGGCUAGUGGGAACAUUGCUCCAAGUGGUGAAGAUGGCUUCACCAAGGGCAUCAACUGUCUGGAACUGAUGGCCAUUUUUAUAAACUUCCCUUGCCAUCCAUCCCCAAAUGUUCUCUAUGGGAUUUAAAUGAGGGGAACAUGCAGGAUGGUCCAAAAGAGUGAUGUUAUUCUCCCUGAAGAAGUCCUUGGUCAAGCGAUCAUUGUGAACUGCAGCGUUGUCCUGUUGAAAAACCCAGCUGUUACCACACAGACGAGGGCCCUCAGUAAUGAGGGAUGCCCGCUGCAACAUCUGCACGAAAGCAACCGCCGUUUGACGACCCUGCACUACCUGAAGCUCCAGUGUUCCGCUGAAUGAAAAAGCACCCCAGACCAUGAUGGACCCCCCUCCACUGUGCCGGGUAGAAAACAUCUCAGGUGGGAUCUCCUUGUCAUGCCAGUAACGUUGGAAGCCAUCUGGACUUUACUUUACUUUUUUCCACCUUUCAAUGUCCCAUGUUUGAUGCUCCCUGGCAAAGUCUAAAUGGGCAGUUUUGUGCCGUUGAAAGAGACGAGGUCUUUGAAUUUGUUUUUUAAACCCUUUUCCCGCAGAUGCCGUCUGAUGGUUAUUGCGCUGCAGUCGGCACCAGUAAGGGCCUUAAUGUGGGUGGAAGACCACCCUGUGUAUUGAUGGACAGCCAAUCAGAUCCUCCGGCUCAGUACAUGUGUGAUUUUUUUUGGGGUCUACGACUUUUUUGUUCCAUAAUGCUCAGGAUCUUUCAAAACAUGUAGAAUGACUGUCUUACUGCGCCCAACCUCAGCAGCAAUGGCACGCUGCUUGACAAUCCGACCACGUUCAGAAAGAGAAAGCUUCUUAGCUUUAGCCAUCAGGAGGGCAUGACAGUGUGAAUGCCUGACAGAAAAUGAACAUUUUGAGCAGAUUUUGUUUUUUAUAGCCUGUGGUCUUAAACUGGUGAUCAGGUGAUAAACAACAUAUUUCAGUUGAAACCCGUUGGUGGUAUGAGUGGUGAGCAGUGAGCGAAGGCAGGGUGGAGUCUUACCAAUGAGCGUUUUCUAGAUAAGCAGGAGCCAGUCAGUUUGUCUCGGUGAGUGAAGAGAGGACUGAUUCACCAGGGAGUGCCGUUUACAGUGGUGGGUGUUGUGACAGAGUGGAUGGCUGCGUGCUGUAUGGUGAUCUGUAAAGAACAUCUCUGUCAUCUAAGGUUGGGAGGACAGUCAUUGUAACAAGAAGCACUUUAGCAGAACGCGUUAAUGAGGAUUUGUUCCGGUAAACAGAGCCUAAUCUGGUUGUAACUUUAGAGAAAAGAGUGCUGAUGAUUCAAAUAUAAGAUACGAUGUCACACACGUGAGUGUGUUUACAGACGUAAAUGCGGUGCAUUUGUGGAAAUUUCAAGGGUUUUGUGCAACCAGAGUGAACAUUUUCUUAACUAAAUUCAUUUGCGUAGGUGACUAACAGGUGACUAAGGCUGAUUGGCAAGAGGUUUCGCUUUGGCAAUUUUUGGGGAACUUGCUCAUUGACGUGAGCUGCUUCCCUGACAUAUUUUUUUUUAAAUUAUUUUUGGAUGGCGAGAAGAACUUUUGCUCAGAUGUACAAGAGCCGAACUUUCAGACUGCAGGAGCAUCAGAUACACAUCAGAUUUAUAUCGACAUACGAAAGAGACUUGGGUCGCAUUUGAAAAAAAUGUGAAUUGCACUGUUCACACUGACAUGGAAUAAAUCACAUACGCUUGCCAAGUAAAACUCUUGUAAAAUUGGGGACAUCAUGCAUAAUGGCAAUUCAAAUUCUGAAGUUCUUGCGACUUUAUAAGGCACAUUUUUCCCUAAAAUAUUGCUUACAUUUCCAGAACUUAACAAGCUUUUGACCUCAGGUGCCUGUGUUGUUCUGGCUUUGGAAUCAUUUUUGAACGUUCUUUAGCAUUUGUGUCUUUUGCUUAUAGAUAGUCUUUGUAAAAUAACAAUUAAAUACAUUGACAUGAUAAUGUGUUUUGGUAAUGCAUUAUAAUAUUUAUAAUGAUGAUUGCUAUUGUAUUAUUAUUACUGUAAUAUGAAUAGUAUAUUAUAUUAUGAAAAAAGAAUAUUGUGUGCAUGGAAAGGUGGUGAUGACAGCAUCUAAGUUGUAGAGUGAAGCAGUACCAAUGGUGGAAAAACAUCCCCACAGCAUGAUGCUACCAUCGCCAUGCUUGACAGUUGCUACAGUGUUCUUAGGUUUGAAAGACUCACAUUGUCUUCUCCAAACAUAUUUCUUGUCACUGCGGCCAAAUAAGUCAAUCUUUGUCUCGUCUGAUCAUAAACCGUAAAACUCAUCCAGAAGGAAUUUGGCUCGCGCAUGUGGGCCGCUGCAAAGUCAGUCAAAGGUGUCCUUUUCGUUCUUGGUCAGCAUCGUCCGGGUCGGUGGUGAUGUAAAAGUGUCUUCACUGCGCAGACAGUGACACUGGUGUUCAUGGCAGGUUUGAUUCUUGCUGGUUCUUGGGUUCUUCCUGGUCAUCUUAACGAAUUUUCUUUCAUCUGAGGGUGACAGUUUGGGUCUUCUUUCAGACCAUUCAAAUACUUGUACUUGUUUACUUGCCUAAGCCUAAUGCCCGCAAACGAGGACUUUCCAGGCAUCCCGGUCUUCCAAAAGAGGGCGUGAGAGGGUCUAGAGAAGUGUAUGACCAACCCAUCUCCAGCAUCCUUGUAGUACUUGCGCUUCCUCAACAGGCUGCUGUCCAGCCAAGGAUUGCAGCACGUUCUACCCAAGGAUGGACACAGCCGAGAUAGAAAUAUCAGAUUUGACUAGACGCUUUCUAAACGUAUAAGUUGCAGUAAAUAAUAAUCUCUAGCGAUAAAUUAAUCAGGCAUUCUUGAACCUCUAGCGCCAUUCAUUCAAAGAUUUGACUGAAUGUAUGAUCAUGUAAUGUUCACCCUGCGUGGAUUCCGUAAAGCAAAAAUACACUCAAACGUCACUGUCAGCUCAAUUCUUGUUUUUAAAAAAAUCAGUGAAGAUAUAACUUGGGUAAUUAUUCCACCCUGCAAAAAAAGCGUUUGCAAUCAUUAAAAUCCCAUCGUGAAGAUGAGCGUAGCACGACUGUAUUCCAUACGCUUUCAAAUGUUUCUUUUGGAAUAAAGUGAUGAUGUGAAAAGUCUCCGGCUUCUUUGAGUAUGUUGCUGCCACAUCAUCCAUGAACCACUGGAAAUAGCAAAUAGGUCCUGGGGUUUAAACUUGGGCGUUUAGAGCCCUAAAACGGUUAUGCUCAUUGACAAUUUGAUGUGUUUGUUGAAAAGUCAACGGAGGAAACUAACACCUUGAAUCAGGAAAUCAAAGCAACUGCGUGAAGUCACGUCAGGCCAGGGAAUAGGUCUCAUUCGAACAACCGCUGAAAGUAGAAUCUCAAACAAGAGUUAGUAAGAUCUUAGAUAAAACAUGAAAUAAAAUCCUAUUCUUUUGCAUGUGAUCCUGGAUGAGAACCUCUGCUGUCUUUUAUUGCUUUCUUCACAACUUUCUUCUCGCAUUUCUAUUCUAUGCAGUCAUCCCUCGUUCAUCGCGGUUAAUUGGUCUGAUUCUUUAUUUAGAAAUGCAAUAUUUUCAUAGUUAGAGCACAGAAAACAACUUUGUAAAUACGGUUUAGCAUGAAUAGAGCCCUCUAGAUAUGAAAUAGCACCCCUAUAGUCACCUUUACACCCCAAUUACUCAAUAUAGUGGACAUAAUAAGAGAAAAUAAGACACUUACUCAUGUGUGUUGGAAAAAUGUGUUUCGGUGCUGAAUGGGGGCAGACAGGAAGUGACAUCAGAGGUUCAGAUUGUCAUGGAUUACAGCCUUAAACAGUAGCCCGUGUUAGGGAUGAUCGUGCCUUUUGUGAGAUCAUUCAAACCUGCAAUAAAAGCCUGUCUGGUGCUUGUGUGUCUCACUCAACAUUACAGUGCUAUUACUGACACCAAGAAGAGACCAGUGUGGAAUACUACUGUACACAUCAUCACGUCUUUGAAUGUAUUUUCUGAAUGCCUUACAUUUGGAUUUCAUUUUGCUAUUUUUCUACAGAUUAAUUUAGGCCAAAAAUGUGUAAAAUGUGCUUAAAUGUGCAUAUAUUUGACUGAUAAUGGGCCAUACUCAACCAUGAAACAGAUUUAUUCAUUCAUACAAAGUCUUUUGGAAAAACCUGUGAUGUAGUGAAGCCGCGAAAUUCUAAGUGGUGAGGGAUUACUGUACUACCAUUUCCAAAUCUGUCCUCCGUUGACUUCAUCAAAUAGAUGCCAAAAUGUCUCGGAAAUCAGGGUAAAUGAUGCCAUAUUCAUGUUGCACACUGCAAAGUGAGGUGAGUGAAGUUUUUGUUGGGUAUCCGUCCGUACCCAGUCUUGUUCACGACUGUGCUGAAUUUAGUCAUUUUAUUCCAGGACCCGGUGAGAAGGCUGUGGCG